AUGAGCUCAACUCAAACUGUGACAGAAGACGAAUUUGAGAAUGAGACGGAGAGCAAUAAGAACGAUGUGCCAAUUGAUCAUACAUUUACACAUAGAGCUUUGACUAUUGCCACACCUGAAUGCGUCAAGAAGGUUUCGGCUUCUGUAAGUGGUACUGUGUGACCUUACUUUUUAAUAUUUUUGGUACUGUUCAGUACGGUUGGGCAUAUAAAUUGGUACAUUUCAGUACGGCUGGGCGUAUAAACCUAUUUUCAGCUUCUCCAUCACAUUCAUUUGCUACACAAACCAGGGAGACAUCGCUUAUCAUCUAUUCAUGAAAAUGUCAACGAAAAUCGGGUACUAGUACUAUAUACGGGCGGUACUAUCGGUAUGAAAAACAAUGAAGGAGGUGGGUUUUGACAGCAAAAUUGAUUCAAAAAUGACAUUUUGUAUUUCAAAUUUCUCUAUUUUUGUCAAAUUUUGGCUAAAAACGUUAUUUGCAACACAAUGCCAAAAUUGGCGGGAAAACUGAAAUUUGAAAUUUUUCAGGAUUUUUCUAAAAAUAUGUCAAGAGAAGGUGGAAAGUGUAUUCUGCCUUACAUUUCAUUGUAAUUAUUUUAAAAAAUUUUGAUUUUGUUACUUAAAUUUAAAAAUUUUAUAAAUUUUAUAUUACAGUAUACUCACCAGAACCUCAUUUCUUACCAAGUGCAAUAAGAGAACUACCGCCGUUGAAUGACAAAGAAUAUGUGGAGAAACACUACUUUGAUUGUGACAUCAAACCGUAUUGUUUACCGCCAGUUAAGGGCUUCAAUCAUCGAGUUACUUAUUGGGUAUGUUACAGUACUUUUAGGUAACAAAUAACGUUUUUUUUUGAGAUUUUGGGUCGUAAAGAAAGUUCUUGCUAUUUUAUGAUUUGUAAAUAAAGUUCUUGCUAUUUUUCGUUUUGUAAAGAAAGUUUUUUCAAAGUUCACUUAUGACAUUACAGGUAGUAGAAUACGAGCCAUUGUUGGACAGUAGUGAUAUGACAUUCGAUGAUUGGAUUCGAAUUGCUCAUGACAUUAAAAAGUCUUAUCAACACUACGAUGGAUUUGUGGUACUACAUGGUACUGACACUUUGGCAUACACGGCUUGUGCUUUAAGUUUCAUGAUGGAGCAGUUGGGGAAACCUGUGGUGGUUACUGGAAGUCAGGUAAGGGUAGGGUAGGGUAAAAAAGAAUAUUUUUGUAAUUCUCAGGCUUUUCAUUCUUUUGUAAAUAAAUAUUUUGCAAAAUAAAACUUCUUUUCAGAUUCCAGUAGCAGAAGUUCGUUCAGACGGUCGUGAGAAUCUGAUCGGUGCUCUAAUUGUAGCUGGUCAUCUUGAUAUACCAGAGGUUUGUGUUUACUUCAACAAUAAGUUACUGCGCGGUAAUCGGACUACGAAACUUGAUAAUUGGGGAAUGGACGCCUUUACAUCACCCAACAAUACUCCUUUGGCCGUCAUGGAUAUUUCCAUCAGUGGUAAGGCGAUAUUUUGUUUUUUGUGAGUUUUUGCUUUUUAUUAAAUCUUCUUUUAUAAUUUUUUGGUUUUUUGGAUUAAAAAAGCAUAAAAACAACAAAAAAGCAUUAAUUUUGUCUUUGAAAACUUUUAAAAUACGCAAAAAAGAACCUGCCUCAUGCUGGAAUCGAACCAGCGACCUUCUGUUUACUAGACAGACGCUCUGCCCCUGAGCCAAUGAGGCACGCUUCGUUUCUCUUUCCGUUUCAUUUCUAUUCUCUUUCAGUGAAUUGGGAGAACAUUUUCCGUUCGAAUGAGAUCGCAACCUUCAAUGUAGCGGAUAAAUUGUGUCGGAAUGUGAGUAUUCUACGUAUCUUCCCAUCAAUACCCAUUGAAUCAGUGAGAGCAGUGCUUCGGCCGCCAACUCAAGGUGUUGUGCUGCAAACUUAUGGAAGUGGCAAUAUUCCGUUGAGGAGAACUGACAUUAUUGAUGAGAUCAAAGCGGCUGUGGAUCGAGGAUGUUUGGUGCUGAAUGUGUCACAAUGUUUGAAAGGACGGGUUAAUACUAGUUAUGCUACGGGAAAGGUAAUAGAAUUUUGAAGAAAUGUUUUGCUUUUUAGGUAUAAUAACAUAGUGUUCUCAGAAACAAUCAGGCUUUUAGGUACGAUAAGAUGGUGUAAAAUACUAUAAACCAUCUCUAAGAUGCAUAACAUACCUUAGUUUGGCUUAAAAACAAGGUAUAUUAGCCAAAAAGCUUUAAAAACGGUCAUAAAAGGUCUAAAACUCUAAAAUAAGCUGUGCUAUCACCUAAAAUUAUAGGUUUUAUCAAACGCCGGAGUAAUACCAGGCUCCGACAUGACUACAGAAGCAGCUUUGACAAAAUUAGCUUAUGUGUUGAGCUGUGAUUGUUCAAUAGAGGAGAAGAAAUUGAUGUUGGUUCAGAAUAUUCGAGGAGAACUCACCAUUCAACAGGUCCAGGCUUUGAAUGAGCUUGAUAUCAGUAAGUUAUUUGGGUUGUAAAUUGUUGAAAGGCUUAUAUUUUGUUGUAUUUUUAGGUAGAAAAGGUGUUAAGUUAGAAAAAUGUUGGGUUUGACGUUGUUUUAGGCAUAAAAAGGGUGUUGUUUUUGAUCCAGUUCUCUUAUAUUAACCUUUAAAAAUCACUAGAAAAUCUUCGGCAAUACUUUUAAAUCUAAUCUAAAUUUGUUUCAGUCCCCAGACUAGCCAAAUACCUUCAUAUUUCAUCGUCACACGAGACCAAACUGUUAAAGGAAGCUUUGUUCACUCCGUUAGUGUCUCAUGCAGCUCACACUAAUGAUACCAAGUUGUUGGAAUCACUUCGUCUGAGUGGCGCUAACUUUGCCAACACAGAUUACAACAGAAGAAACGCGCUACAUGUGGCAGCAGCUAAUGCAAACCUAGAAAGCGUGCAAUACCUACUACAACAUGGGGUUUCCGUUCACGUGCGAGAUGCAGACCACGAAAACGCCUUACAAGCAGCGAUUCAGACCAAGAAUCUGGAGAUUAUUACAACCUUAAGGAACGCUGGGGCCCAUUUAAGCGCUCACAGUGUCAGAGUAGGUACGGAGCUUUGUCUAACAGCCAGUCAAGAAGAUAUUGAAGGCCUCAGGGCAUGGUUUGCAGCUGGAGCUUCGCCUAACGAAGUGGAUUAUGACGGAAGGACGGCACUUCAUGUGGUGAGUUUUUAAUAAAGAUUUUUGAAGGAUAUAGUGUAAAUUUUGUCAUCUUCCUCAACUUAUAGAACUUAUCGUACCAGUACGUACAACAUUUAAAACCUUUCUUCCAGGCCGUUCAUCGCAACUUACUGGAAGUAGCCAAGUUUUUAUGUCAGAACGGUGCAAAUCCACUAUUAUUUGACAAUCUUGGCCGCCGACCAAUGGACGAAGCCAGUGAUUCGGCCAUGAAAGAGUUGUUGGAAGAGACGGCCAACAAACUGUCUUCAGACGGAUCCGAACACUGUUGUUGA